AUGAGUUUCGACUGGCGCCGCAUGUCCUUGUGGGUGCUCCCGCACUUCGGCUGCCCCAGCGUCACGAGGGAGGCGGCGAUUGCGUACUACGGUGGCGGCGUCAUGCCCGCCAAUCGAAUCGGGUAUGCGGUACACAGACUGCAGGCUGCAGGCGUUUCUUACGGUGGACAGCCUGCACCUCCGCCUCACGCCUGCGGAGUAUAUCCGCCGUCUCACGGUAUCUAUAUACCCUUUCCACUGCCCGGCACUUUGUUUAGUGCGGGGAUGUCUGACAAGGGGUACGCCUUACUGGCGGAGAACUUCCGCGCGCUGGGGAAGGUGCGGUUAGAGGAGGGGUUUCGUCUCUGUGUUCAUAUUUCGAGAUUUGUGGACGGGGAGAGGGGGUUGGGACGAGUGUUGCGCGUGUUGUGGCCGAUGUGUGUUUUGCUUAAAGAGAAGGGGGUGGAGGUGGAGAUAUUGGUUCUGGAGGAGGGGAAGUUCGGAAAAUAG